AUUGGCUGAUUCUGCUGGAUCGCUGAUAGUAAGGUCCGUCUGGUCCGUCGUUAGCCUUUGGAUCAACAUAAUCAUUUAAAACACACAAUAUACAUGAUAUCAUGUAGACGAUUCAAGGGAAUUUUACAGAUCUAAGCAAAACACCAUGUUCAAAAGAAUAGUGGUAGGUGUUUCGGGUGGUGUGGACAGCGCCGUAUCAGCCUAUUUACUUAAGUCCAAAGGUUACAAUGUGUGUGGGGCAUUCAUGAAAAACUGGGAUCUAAUAGACGAAUCCGGACACUGCUCGGGAGAACAAGACUGGUUAGAUGCACAGAAACUAUGCCGCCAGUUGCGUAUUCCGUUGAAACAAAUCAACUUCGUCAAAGAUUACUGGCUGGAAGUUUUUGGGAGUUUCCUUCAAGAUUACAACACCGGAAUAACUCCGAACCCAGAUAUACUCUGCAACCGGCAUAUUAAAUUCAAUUUGUUCUACAAAUACGCUUGUGAAAAAAUGGGAGCGGAUGCUAUAGCAACCGGUCAUUACGUUCGAAGUAAUUUUGGUCCCUAUUUGGAGAAUUUCAACGAUAGUGCACGAGUUCAUCUAUUGGCCGGUGUAGAUGCAAUUAAAGAUCAAACGUUUUUCUUGUCACAGAUUGACGCGAAAGCACUGCGUCGUACUAUGUUUCCUAUCGGAGGCAUGACGAAGGCGGAAGUGAAACGUCUAGCACACGAGGUGGGACUGGGUUGGUUUGCCAAAAAGAAGGAAAGCAUGGGAAUCUGUUUUGUCGGAAAGCGAACCUUUCAGGAUUUUAUAGCCGAAUACAUUGAAUCGAAGCCGGGUGAUUUCGUCGACUUUGAUACGGGUAAAACGGUAGGCAAACACCGCGGGGUGCACAAUUGGACUGUCGGUCAAAAGGCGAAAAUCGGUGGCUGUUUGCAGCCGUACUAUAUUUUUCAGAAAGACGUCGAUAGUAAUGUAAUUUACGUAGUGUCUGGUCUGGAUCAUCCGUUGCUUGUGACCGAUAUGGUGUACGUGGAGAAUCCAGUGUGGAUAAACAAACCAAGCGAUCUUAUGGAUAGGAAACUAUGGCGGUGUCAUUUUCGGUUUCAGCAUACGAAACCGUUGGUACCUUGUAGCGCAGUCGAAACUGAUACGAAAGGUGACAAACUGUUUGUAAAACUAGAUGAACCUCUCAGGGCCAUUACGCCUGGCCAGUACGCUGUUUUUUAUAGUCAGGACGAGUGUUUCGGAAGUGCGCGAAUAAUCAAACCCGGUCCAUCGAUUAUAUACCAACGGUAA